CGCUGAAUAAUUUACAGACAGUGGAGUUUUGAAUACUCUCGUUAGUUGUCAAGGAUUUAAUUUCUUUACACUCUUCUCUUUCCUUGUUCAGUAUCAUCAAUGGGUUUGCAUUGCCUUUGAAAGAAGAGCAUAAAAUGUUCCUGAUCAGAGUAUUACUGCCCCUGCACAAAGUGAAAAGUCUGAGUGUCUACCACCCACAGCUGGCCUACUGUGUGGUGCAGUUCCUUGAGAAAGACAGCAGCCUUACAGAGCCAGUCAUUGUAGGUUUGCUCAAGUUCUGGCCAAAAACACACAGUCCAAAGGAAGUGAUGUUUCUGAAUGAACUGGAGGAAAUUCUCGAUGUCAUCGAACCUUCGGAAUUUGUGAAAGUAAUGGAGCCAUUGUUCCGACAGCUUGCCAAAUGUGUCUCCAGUCCACACUUUCAGGUGGCAGAGCGUGCUCUCUAUUAUUGGAACAAUGAGUAUAUCAUGAGUUUGAUCAGUGAUAACGCGGCCAAGAUCCUCCCUAUAAUGUUCCCUGCUCUCUACAAAAACUCUAAAAGUCAUUGGAACAAGACAAUCCAUGGAUUAAUUUACAAUGCAUUGAAGCUAUUUAUGGAGAUGAAUCAGAAGCUUUUUGAUGAUUGCACUCAACAGUACAAAGCAGAGAAGCAAAAGGAGAAAUUCAAACUUAAGGAGCGUGAAGAGAUAUGGCAAAAGAUCGAAAAUCUGGCCCAACAUAAUCCUCAGGCCAGUGCAUAUAUUGAGUCAUCUGCAGUCAGCCCUGUGUUCUCCAUGGAAACAGAGACUCCCACUACUGAGGACAUCCAGCUGCUAAAGAAAGCGGUGGAGACUGAGGCCGUUCAGGUGAAAGAGAAGAUUAAAAAAGAGAAGGCUUUGCUACGCCGGAAGUCAGACCUGCCUCAGGAUGUGUACACUAUAAAGGCCCUUGAAGCACACAAGCGGCCAGAGGAAUACCUCAGCUCGAACCAGGAGGCUCUCUGACGGGCAGUGCCUGCCCCACCCCUGGCCUCAGUACCAGGAUGUUUGCAGAGACACACUCUGUCAGUGUAAAGCAUAGAAUGAACUGUUGAUCAGUGUUUAUGUAAAGCUGCAUCCAUUCUUUUGUUACCUGCUUCUUUUACAUUUUCCCCAUUUGCUGUUGUUUCUCCUGCACCCCUCCACAGCCCAGUCUGUUCCAGUCUGUCAGUUGGAUGGGUUUGUAUUUCAUUGUCAUGCAAGAAAAUCACAUGGACAAUAGCAAACAUAAGGUGCCCAGAGUCAGCAAGAAAGCAAACAGCUACAAGAGCCCAGAGAUGUAGUCUGCACUGUCCCGUCAGUUUGUCUCCAGCCUAAAGGUGGUCUCGUUGUCCCCUCAGUUUGUGUCUAGCCUGAAGGUGGUGUGUACUGUCCCAAGACGACUUCUAACCUACGGCCGGUGUGCACAGCCCCCUGUGGCUCUGUCUGAUCUACGGCCGGUGUGCACAGCCCCCUGUGGCCCUGUCCAGCCAAUGGCGAGUCUGCAUUGUCUUGACUGUCCGGCCAUCCACCUGACUUUAUUGUGGACUGACUAGCUCAUUAUUGAGAAAUCAAUAGUUUUGUUUUGUACAAAUCACUGUAAAGGUUGAAAAGUAGAUUCCCAGAAAUGGCAUCAAGUACCUGUCAGUGCUCUGUGUUUUUAUGUUUCUCUCCUUUUGACCCUUUCUCCACUAAACAGUUUGGACUGAUAAUGUGAUGUGAUUCUACAGGUGUCUGCUAUCCUCUCAUCAUUUCGUGCAGUCAAGCUCUUUAGCCAUAGGGUGUAUUACUCUGUCCCUGUCCACUGCAACACUUGUCAAGACAGCAAUUUGAGAAGCUUGGCUGUUAUACCCCCUUCUAUCCCAAUAGAACUAAAGUCAAUUGUACUAAACUGCAACUUUACCAGAGAGGGGCUUGAGACCAGCCUGGAAAUCUCAACAUCAUACUAGUCAGUGCACCCUGAUCAAAAUGUCUAAAUGGGGUGAAGUUCCAUUCAGGGAAACUCUCCAGCAAAUAAUUUAGUCUGUUGCCCUGGAGUUUCUUUUAUUGUCUUUGUGCAAUCAGCAGUUAUGUAAUAUUCAUUGAACAAUAGAUAAAUGAAUAUAACACUGAGACACUUCCAGGCGUGGCAGUGGUCAUUCUUGAAAUCUGACACUCAUAUUCCCCAUGCAGCAGUGCUGAUGAUCACAGUACUGUCCCAAGCUAGCCCUGUGGCAACACCUUCAGAAAGUGAAUUGCCUUUUGUUCUUUUUUAAAAUGUCAUGUUAUUAACUGUGACCAUGAGGACUGUAACCCUGAUCAUUUCAGGUAUGAUCCAUUUCUCCAGCUUCUCCUAACUGCUUCCUGCCAUGUUCCUUUCCCACCAAUGAAAAUAAUGAUUUGGUAGUAUUUGAUUUUUUUUUUCCUCUUAACAAAAUCAUGUCAAGUAUUAAGUGGAGUGACAAAGGCUGUUUUAUUAAAUAAUAUUAAUGCCAUGCUGCAGCAGAGGCUGAAGACAUCCAAUUGUUGGACUAUCAGGCUGCCACACGGUGGAGGCUUGUCCUGUCGGGAUUUUGAGUUUCCACAUUAUAACGAGAACAAUGGUCAUUUAUACAUUAGGAUGUAGAAAUGUGAUUUGCAUAGCUAAUUACUGUUUCAGACAUGUGAAACCAAUAAAAUGGAGAGUGCAUUCACCUACUGAGAUUAAAUGGAGUGUUGGGUUGGGGGCAAACUGGGGUCUCUCUAAACUCGGGUUUGCAUUCAAGUCCCACACUCUUCCCCUCCCACACUGACACUUGCUUUCCAAUAGCAAUGGAAGGUGUGUGACAUAGCCAAUGUAUCAAGGUAACAGGGUAGUGGCUGAUGGUAAGCGGUAGUGGGAACCUUUUCUGGUUUCUUCCCCAUCUCCUCUGUGCCCGUGACAUCAGCUUUCAAUCCUUUUCAGUAACUCCAACAAACUUACAGUACAAACUAAUGAUGUUUUACAUUACAUGGAACAUUCAAGCCCAGUAAAAUUAAUAAUUCUUCAUGAUAAUACUGAAACUAUGUUCUUUUGAAUUUAUUCAAGGAUGUAAUGUAUAAUUAGGAUAUAGACUAAGGUGGCAAUGGCCUCCAUUCUUUAUGUGAGAUAGCUUGCCAGACAACUAUCUUUACAGUAUUCAAGAUUCAUUAAGUUGUUUUAAUACUGCAGAAAACCUCGAAACAAUAUUACUUUGAAAAAUUUCCUUUGUUUUGAUCUGAAAUCCAUUGUAUAUACUGUUGUAGGAAUGUACACUGCCCCAGCUAUCACUCAACAUUAGUGACAACCUGGUUUCAUUGGCACUUUUCUCAGAGUCGAAUGUUGUGAUUUUAAGAGUCUGCUUCAGUAUAAUUGAGGCAGAAAUGUCAUUGCCCGCUCAUUACAGAAGUGGUGUUGAAGUGGAGAGUUAGCAGCUCAAAGAGGAUCUGAGCAUCCUCCAGGAAACUAGAAUGCAGUUAUAGCAGGUAGUAUGAAAGGCAAAUGGAAUUUCUCCAUUUAUUGCUGCAGGAAUAUAGUAUAAGUAGUAUUGCUGCAAUUGUUCAAGGUAUUAGUGAGACUGGAGUAUUGUGUACAAUUUGAUCCCCUUACUUGAGGAAUGUAGUUGCAUUGGAAACAGUUCAGAGGAGCUUCACUAGAUUGAUUCCAGAGGUGAGGGUUUCUAGAGUUUAGAAAGAUAUCUAAUUGAGGUAUGCUAGAUGCUAAAGGGGACUGACAAAGUAGACUUUGUUUUUCCCUUGUGGGGCAUUCACUCAAUCUAAAAUGAGAGGUCAUAGCUUUCGGAUAAGGGGUAGCAGAUUUAUAACAAAGAUGAGGAGAAAUUACUUCCCUCAAGGGUCGUGAAUCAGUGGACUUUCCUAACCCAGAGUGGAUGUUGGGACAUCGCAUAAAUUUCAGCAGGACAUGGACAGAUUGUUUUAAAUAGCAAUGGGUUGAAAGUUUAUGGAGAGCAAGCAGGAAAGUGGAUUCGAGGCCAAGGUGAGAUAGGCCAUGAUUGUAUUAAAUAGUAGAGCAGGCUGGAUCGGUUGGAUUGCCAACUCCUGCUCUUAGUUCUUAUGUUCCUAAAGUUAGAGCUAUAAAGACUCUGUCUGCCUGUUAUAGAUGGCUAAGACCAUAAGACAUAGUAGCAGAAGUUGGCCGUUUAGCCCAUUUAGCCAUUUAGAUCGUGGCAGGUCUGCUAAUCCUUCACUCCACUUUACUGUCUUUUCCCUAUGAACCAUUGAUUCCCUUACUGUUUAAAAAUCUGUCUGCCUCAACCAUGAAUAUACUUAAUGACUCAGCCUCAAUAGCCCUCUAUGCUUUAAAAAAAAAUCCACGGAUCCGCUACCCUCAGAGAUGGAAUUCCUUUUUAUUUCUUAUCUUAAAUGUACAACUCCUUAUUCUGAAAUUGCGCUGUCUGAUUUUGAUCCUCUGGCACUAAAAGGAGCAAGGUAUUUCUCUGUAUCUUGGCUUACAUUACUUCUCAAAUCCAUACAGUUAGAGAGAGGUGGAAUGGUUAUUUAUUCACUUGCUCGAUUGGAAAUUAAUUGGAAUCACUUGGUUAGUUGUAAAUUAUUACGAAUUUGAUUAGGUGGUAAUACUAGACCACAGUUGUUAUAGAGGGGGGAAAGAAAACACAGGAAGAAGGAAGUAUAAAAAGAGAAAUGGAAUGAUGUAUUUUGUCCUAGGGAUCUGUGCUGGGGCCUCUUUUUGCUGUUUUAUGUGGAAAUAAUUUCAAAUUGAAUAUGCAAAUGAUCUCCAAUAUCGCUGAUGACAAAAUAGGGACCAGGCAAAUUGUGAACAAGAUUGCAGUGGGAGUAAGCUAGAAGAGUGGGCAGACAUGAUAUGUGCAGGAAGGGGGUUGGAAUACAAGAGCAGGGAAGUCUUACUGCAGUUGUACAAGGUACUGGUGAGACCACAUCUGGUGUGUUGAGAGCAGUUUCGGUGAUCUUAUUUAAUUUCAUCACAGGCAGAUCAGAGAAGAUUCAUUAGGAUGACACCCCAGUAUGGAGAUAUUGUCUUUAGAUCAAAGACCAAACAGUUUGGGACUCUACUCACUGGAGUUUAGAAGAGUGAUAGGUGAUCUCCUUGAUGUGCGUAGAUUACUCAAGAGGCUUGACAGAGUAAAUGCUGAGAGGUUGUUUCCCCUCAAGGGGAGAGUCUAGACCAGAUGACAUAGUCUCAGAAUAAAGGACUGCCUAUUUAAGACUGAGAUGAGGAAUUUCUUUUGUGAGGAUUGACAGUUUUUGAAACUCCUUGCCACAGAGAGCUGUGGGAGCAGAGUUCUUAUGUAUAUUUAAGGCUGAGAUAGAUACACUGUCCAUCAGUAGAGGAAUCGGGGUUAUGGGAAAAAGGCAGAGAAGUUGACAUGAGGAAUGUCAGAUCAGCCAUGUUCCUAUUGAAUGGCAGAGUAGGCUCGAGGGACCAAAUGGCCUACUCCUGUUUGUAUUUCUGAUGGUUUGAUUGGUGAAGGUCAUUGACCAAAAUUGCACUAUUAAUAUGGGGCGACAUGAGUGGAGAUGCACAGGGGUCUUUUUAAGUGGCCAAACAGAAAAGUUAAUUUUUUGUUUAGAAAUUUUAUUGUUAAGGAAGAAAAUGAUCCUGAGUCGUACUAGAUGUCUGUGAGGUUGUGGGGUAGCAUGGUUGCUCAGUGGUUAGCACUGCUGCCUCUCAUUGCCAGGGACCCAGGUUCAGUCCCAGCCUCUGGCAACUGUCUCUUGAGUUUGCACAUUCUCCCCAUGUCUGCGUGGGUUUCCUCCCACAGCCCAAAGAUGUACAGGUUAGAUGGGUUGGCCAUGCUAAACUGGCCAUAAUGUCCAGACUAAGUGGAUUAGCUGUGGGAAAUGCAGGGUUAUCGAAAUAGUUUGGGGGAUGUGGGUUUGGAGGGUCGGAGUGGACUCAUUGGGCCGUAUGGCCUGCUUCCACACUGUAGGGAUUCUCUGAUUAAAGGAUGCAGCUAGAGUUUUAAAUGCAGAUUUGUGAACCCUGUUCUAAGGAUAUCGGAGUUAAAGGCUACAGUAAGGGUUUCAAUGGAAUGUUCCUGCCACUUUCUCAUCAGGACCAUUAGGAGGUAGAGGCAAUGUGGUUUCCAUGGCCCAAGUGGAAGAACCUCUCAUCAGCUUAGUCCAUUGCUCUAUUCACAACACAAUACACCAUUCUCGAACAGAAAUGGUCCCUGCAAUUGUUUGAGGUUGUAGUCAUCUCAAUAGUGUACAAGACAGUUGCCAACACUACUGACUGAGGGAAACUAGAGGAGAAGUCGUCUUGUGGCAAAAUGGUGUACCCUUAUAAUCCUGGGGGUAUAUAGAGACCAUUCUGUAGCAUGAUGGUGUACGUUUUGCUGACCAAGGGAAAAGUUAUUCUGCAACCUUAUGGUUUAGCUUUACUGACCUCAUUGUUCACUCCUGUCCAAAAUCUGUCAUGUUAAAUAAUUAAUUGCACCAAUCUAUGCUUGCAAUGUAUUCAUUUGAUAAUCCUUUGUAGGUUCACAGAGGUUUAUGUUGCUGUGCAGAAGAGGGAUUUAGAAAUGAAACAACUUUGUCAAACAUCAUCCACCUUUUGUUAUUUAGAAAGGGAAUGACUAUCAUCAAUGACCAUUGCACAAACUUAAAAUACCAUUGUGGGGGGGAAAAUCUGAUGGAAACAUUUUUCUGAAUGCCCAUACAGCUUGCACUUUGUUCCACAUUUCGAGUGAUAUCACCUCUUCCUCUUGGGGCAGGGUAACCAUUUGUGUCCCUGCAUGCUUUGUAGAGCUCAUUCUCUGCCCUUUCCUCUCCCUUCAUUCAUUGUUAUCUGGCAUCAUCCACCACACAGCAAUUGCAAAAGUCUGUUUUCAUGGAUAAACUGCUUUUCUAUCUCAGCUCAUUCCUCUCCUGAACUUGCUUGAGAUCUAGUUCUCAGAAUAAUAGUGACCCUCAAGUACCUUACCAGUUGUCUUUUUGUUGAUCAUGAGCCUAGGAGACACAACUUGCAUCUUGCCCCCAAAUUCUCAGCAUGCCUUAGCUCCAAACAUGGAGCUCAUUGGAAGGACUUUUGCAAUGGUUCAGCUUGAAUUUAUGAAGUUCUGUUUUUCGGAAUUUGCGUUAGUCAUUGAUGAGACAAUAGGGUGGUCUGAAACCAAAAUUUGAACUUCCUUCUUACUAGAUAGGAUCUACAACAAUUGUUGUUUAAAAAAACUCACUCUCGUAAACUGUAUUGACAAAAACAACUGCCCUAAGCCCAAAAUGAUCUCUUGCUGCUGCAGAAUAGGUCGAUGGGAACUCAGCAGAGGUUGACAUUUAUCUGGUUUCUAGGACUUUGAAGGUUGAGAGAUCUUGGGAUUGUGGAGUCUUGGUGAAGAUGGAUCCAGGAGCAGUGAAGUGGCUCUCACUGAUGCAGAUUUCUCGGAAUUGGUAUUUAAGAUGGACAGGAGAUAUCUUUUAACUGAGAGAGUGAGCUUGAAACCAUUGCUUCAAUUCUGCUGGCAAAACUGAAUAGGGUGAGGUCAGAAUGUGUCUAGUUACAAGGUCUUAGCUGUUGAAAAGUUACUGCGUUCGAUUCCAGCCUUGGGCAACUGUCCGUGUGGAGUUUGCACGUUCUCCCCGUGUCUGCGUGGGUUUCCUCCCCCAGUGCAAAGAUGUGCAGGCUAGGUGGAUUAGCCAUGGGUAAUGCAGGGUUACAGGGAUAGGGCAGGGUGCUUUUUGGAGGGUUGGUGUGUACUCAAUGGGCCAAAUGGCCUGCUUCCAUACUGUAAGGAUUGUAUGUAUGAAGAUACUCUCCCAAGGAAACUCUGAGUAAUGAGCCUGCAGUAAGUGUAGGCCUAUAAUUACACUACGAAGGAAAGUUAGCAAGUUACAAUUGUUUUAAAAGAACAAAAAUGUAUGCACAACAUUGAGGCUGUAGCUAUGGAUUUCAAUGUGGAAUAGUUUGGGAAGCAUCUCAGAAAUGAAGUUUUAAAAUUAAGAUUUUGGAUAUUUUUAGUUUUCUACCCUGAUCAAAUCUGAAUUUACUCAAUAAACCAGGCCUACAUCAAACCUAAACCCCUACAUCCCAACAAGAUCUUCAAACUGGGUGCUCUGGUAUAAGGCAAGAGUUUCUGCACUAUUUUACAAAACUAAAUCCAUUUGGGAGUGAUGUAAAUUGUAAAUAUUCCAACCUCCAAUUUCACACUUAUCCAGUUUUGGGGAGAGGAACUAUUUGUGUCUAAUUGUGAAAAGGGAGUGGCCAUAACUAGAGGUUAUCAGUCUCUCACUCCACCUUGAUGUAUUGUUACGCUUGGCUUGUCUUAAGUACAAUGGAAAAUUAAGCAAUAUGUUAUCAAGUAUCACUUGGCGUAUACAUAAUGUCAAUGAAUCCUUACUAGAACUGUAAUUUUUAGAAGAAUGUUCAGGCUUAUUCAGGGAGCUUGUAUUCAAUGUUGCACAUACUCAUGUACUGUAUGCUAUUGUAUCAAUUAGGGUUGUUAAAGAGAACAUCACUUGCCUCCGUCUCCUUACCCUACCACCAAAUACAAAUGUAAAUCCUGUAAAAAUUCAGCUUUUUUUCCUUUCUGUGCAAUGUAUAUUUGCUAAUUCCAUCUGAUCCUUGAUCAUUCCAGGCUCGGGAGGAUGGAGUCAUCAUGGGUCCAAUUACACAGGGGUAUUGUCUUUGAGGAUGUGGGUGCAUUAGACUACACUACAUGCUGGUUUCAGGCCUUUAGGUAUCUUUGUCUCCACAUGGUUUCCAUUUAGACAUUUAGUGUUGCACGUUGAAAUAAUUUUUUGAUCUUAAUCCUGUUCAGGAGGCUGAAGAUGGGGACAAAUCCUUUGUUGUAUUCUUGAGAUGACCUGUUGAUGAGAUGUAUGCAAGAGAAAAAGCCAUCUGGACCUUUUUGUAGAUAAAAACUCCGUUAUCUCAAUUCCACUAUCUGUCUUUACUCCUGUUAUUUUCCAGAGAUUUUGACUUCACCACUCUACCCAAAUUUAUUUCCAAUAUUGAGCAUUUGCCAUGAAGAAUUGUGACACUAGCUCUAAAUUUUGCCUUUGUUUUGAAUUAAACCUGUGUACUCUUGUCUUCCUUUAGUUUGAUAAUUUUUUUAGAUUUUUUUUUCCAAGCCACUUACUAUCCUCUAUACCUCAGUAUAGCCAAGCACUUUAAAGGAAAUGCAUUUUAAAUGUCUUUUUGUCUGUUCUGCCCAGUAGAAUGUUUUGUUCCAAACCAUCCUGUAAUUCAAGUACUACAUCAGGACCAUCUGCUCCUUCAAGUAUGGUGACAUUGACCACUUAGCAAUGAAAUAGUUACCAUCCUCUUGGUGCUGAGUGCCUCAGAAUAGUACUGAUCAAUUUACAAUUAUUAAAGCACAGAAGAGGCCAUUCAGCUAAUGUUGUCUCCAUCUGGCUGCGUGAAUAUUUCAAUUGCUGCUAUUCUUUAGCGGACUUGUAACCUUCCACGUUGUUCCUGUUCACACUGCAAUUUAUCUCCCUUUUGAAUGCAUUGAUUGAACUUGCUUGUAACACACUUUCAGGUGGUGUGUGCCAGAGUUUAUUCUAUUCAUGUAUAAAUAAGCCAUUCCUCAUCUCGUUUGUUGUUUUUGCUUCUUUUGCCAAUGACUUUUAAACUAUCUGAAACAAAAUGAACAAUCUGGAAUUGUGGUGGGCAGAGGAGAGCAGUUUCCCUUGUUUAGUAUAUGCCAUUGCUUGUCUUGUAUCCUAAAAGGUAUUUCUGGACCAGUUUUGGCAGAUGCUCAUAAGCCACCUUCCUGCUUUUUGUUCUGGAGUAGAAUCACCUUUUACAGGUUAUAUACAAAGCGAGGGAGGGGAAACCUAAAAGAAUACUUUGUAUUUGCUGCCAUCCAAGAUUUUAUUUGUGUGCCAGCUUGUGAAUCAAGCUCAGAAACACAUCCCUGUGGUUUACGAUCAUCAUUGUUUUUUGUAGCAUUCCAUAAAUCAAUAGUUCAGGUUGUAGUGCAAAUACUUUUUUGUGGUUGCUUAAUAAUUUCAGUUCAGUGUUGAUUAAUAGGCUUCUUGAAGGAAAUAAAGCCUGCUUUCAAGAAGCCACGUGAGCUGGUAUUCUGACAUACUAGUUUGUGUUGUGUUCCACUAAAGCAGUUAACUUUUCAAUUGUCUCUUCUCCACCUCAAACCACUUAUAUCACUCACUUGUUACAGGAGCAGUGCCACUUAGUGCACAGUACGAAAGGAUGCUGCAUGCAUCAACAAUAAAUCACCAAAAGAUUCUGGACUUCAGUUGGUCUUUGAUAAAGCAACUAUAAUUUAUUUAGCAUGAGACUUGAUUUCUGGGUUAAGGAGAUCUUAAACCAUUGCUUGGAAAGUGCCAGUGCACUGUCUCAACUAUGGAUUAGAAUGAAAUCAAUCAGUCCAUUUGCACUAUGGCCUCUAAAGAGGUCUAACAGUGACACUAUUAAAUAACUUGCCAAGCUGGAAUGUUUGAAUGUUUAACAUUGGACGUUAUACCUGAAUCAUCAUCAUCAUCUGGAAAUAACUGAACAGGUAUAAGUUCUGUCCUACUUAACUCUAUGAACUAUAAAAGAUAAUCAAUCACUGACAUCGAUUAUAACUGGGAACUCAGAUCUGUUUCCAAUUCUCGAAAGCAUCCUCAAGGCUAAAAAGUCAAAAGGUUGAAAAUGAAUAAAGAAUUUUGAGGGCCUCCCAGGGAAUUGCAGUGACACGAGAUCCUGCAGGUAUUCUCACCCCUACUGACACUGCAGGUGGGAAAUACCUGAAAAUGAAAUAUUUCUAAUUUUCUGACUGACACUAUUAAGCUGGCUACAGUUAAUAUUUGUACAUAUGUUGAACUUUAUUUUAGGUAGAGUAUUACAUAGUAUUGAAAUGUCAUAUUUUGUACAAAUGUUCAUGUAUGUACAGAACAAAAAUAAACUGGGUCUCACAAGAAA